CCUGAAUCUUAUGAUUCUACCCCGCAACACAAACAAAAUUGCGAGGUGGAGAGAGAGGGGCUGUGCUGGGUUUUCUCGGGAAAUACUUUAGUUUUCUAAAAAAAAACACCAACACCCUUUUUGGUGACCAUGUCUUACGACGACGACGACGACUACGAAAGCGAUUAUUCUUACGGCGAUUCUGUUCGCUCCGAUGACGAAGAGGAUCUCGAAGAUUACAAGAAGGGCGGCUACCAUCCCGUCUCCAUUGGUGAUCGCCUCAAUCACGAUCGAUACAUUGUCGUACGGAAGCUCGGCUGGGGCCAUUUCUCCACAGUGUGGCUAGCCUAUGACACAGAAAAGAAACGACAUGUCGCGCUCAAGAUUGUUAAGUCGGCCCGGCACUUUACUGACAGUGCAAAAGAAGAAAUAAAGUUAUUGGAAGCGGUCAAAGUGUCGGACCCGAACGAUGCAGGCUGGAAGCACGUGGCGCAGAUGCUGGAUCACUUUACACAUAGUGGACCGAACGGCAAGCACGUAUGCAUGGCCUUUGAAGUGCUGGGUGAGAAUCUGCUGUCGGUGAUCAAGCGGUAUCAUUACAAGGGCAUCCCGGUGCCUAUCGUCAAGCGGAUUGCGAAGCAGCUGUUGUUGGGUUUGGAUUAUUUGCAUCGCAAGUGUGGGAUCAUUCAUACCGAUCUCAAGCCCGAAAAUGUGCUGGUGUGCAUACCCAACGUGGAGCAGCUGCUGACGAUCGAAACGGCUGAUCUGGUGGCAAAACUCAACUUGGAGGCAGAAAAGGAAAAGAAACAAAAGGAGAAGGCUGCUAUCACGGCUGUGGCUGUUGCAAAAGCAAAGGCAGAGGCAAAGACAGUGGCAGCGAAAAAGGAUGACCACCAGCAGUCAGCACCAUCACAAGAACCACAAGGACCCAUGUCCAAAUCACGGAAAAAGCGGUUAAAAAAGAAGGCAAAGCAAAAGGCGGCAAAGGAGGCAGCAGCCCGAACGGUAGCAGAAGGCGGGGGAUCAGCCGAACAACAACCACAACAGCAAGCGACGAAAGCAACACCAAUAGAGAAAUUAAAGAUAGAUCAGCCGAAGGUUGAACCAUCGGCAUCACCAAGCAAUGACACCAACAACAACAACAAUGACAAGCACGAGACGGUCGAUACAGCAAUGACGAUCAUACCAUCAGCUGUGCUAGGGUCGACGCUGGAGGAUUUUGAGCGGAUAGAAGUGAAGAUUGCGGAUCUGGGCAACGCAUGCUGGGUAGACGAGGAGAAUACGCAUAUCAUUCAGACAAGACAGUAUCGAAGUCCAGAAGUGAUUGUUGGAUGCAGAUGGAAUGAUCGGGCGGAUAUGUGGAGCUUUGCGAGUCUGAUUUUCGAGCUGUUGACGGGCGAGUUUUUGUUCCAUCCAGAAGAGGGAAGAGAAGGCGGAGAGUCGUACUGCACUGACGAUGAUCACCUGGCGCAAAUCAUCGAGUUAAUGCAACCGGGGCCACAUAGCGCAAGCAUGGUGCCUCGGAGUUUAACUGCGGAAGGCGAGGACUCGAAGCGGUUUUUUACCCGGAAAGGAGAGCUGCGGCGCAUUAAGCGUCUUCGGUACCGACGGUUAAGGGACGUCAUCCACGACCAAUACGCGGCGCUGGCACCGCAAGCGGAUGAGAUAAGCGAGUUCCUGCUGCCCAUGCUGGAAAUGGAUUUGAGGAGGAGAGCAGGUGCGGCGGAUAUGUUGAAAAAGAGCGAGUGGUUCAUUGCAAAAGAAGAAUAAUAAAGGAAAAGAGCUACCCAACAACAAAGGCAGCGAAUGGCCGAGACCCGCUCCCUCUCUCUCUCUGUCUCUGUCUCUGUCUCUGUGUG